AAUCUCUGGGACUUGGACUCGUGCUUCCGUUUUUGGAACCGGAACUCAUGCUUUCCUGUUUGCUUAAUUAUAUGUUCUAUAAUCUGUAGUACUUUGUAUUAUACUAGUACUAUGUUCUGUAAUCUGUACUUUGUAUCGCAUUUUUGGUUUGUGGCGACAUUGGAGCCAAUUAGUAAAGUAUAGUCUCCUUGAAGAAACCCUAGUUGCCUGCUCACUCUCGCUCUCUGUCACUCAACUAAACCUCAAGAACCCAAAGCCCAAACAAUGCCGAAGAAAACAGGAAGAGGGGGCAGAAGAAAUCAACAGCGUAACAGCAACAAACCCUCUUCAUCUUCCAAAGAAGCAUUACCAGCAGAGUUUUUAGUAGAGAUUCUCAUCCGCACGCCAGUCAAAUCUCUUGUAAGAUCCAGGUGUGUAUCCAAAUCAUGGUAUGCUCUCAUUCAUCACCCUAGUUUCAUUAAACUGCACCUCACUUUUAACCUCUCAAGAAAUAACAAGACAAUUUUGAGUAAUAGUUAUAACCCUGUUGCUGAUUUUGGCCUUAAACGAGUUAUUUCGGUACGUGGUAUCAAUGAUCCCCCGGAAACUGUGCUCCCUAUUCAUAGGAUCUCGCCUGUUAGACGUGAUUACCCGAGGAAGGUUAACUUCCCUGAUUUUUCGCAGAGAAUGGUGCUUGCAGGGUCGAUUAAUGGUAUUGUUUGUUUGACUCAUUUUCGAGAAAUGAGGGAGCAGUGUGUUGUUUUGUGGAACCCUGCUAUUAAUUGUUGGAAACCAAUUGCCCUCCCGCGGACUAAGUCUUGGCAGAAUGUGAAUGUAGGCCUGGGUUUUGACAACGCGGGAAAUGAUUUUAAGAUUAUAUGCAUGGUUCCUCUUACUGACUUUGAGGAUAUUGGAUGGUCUCGGGUUGAUAUUUAUUCUGCCAGCCGGGAUUCCUGGGAAGAUCUUGACGAGAGGGGCAUUAUUCCUUUCUGCCCCGCUCAAAAUUAUCGACAUAGUAUUUUUAUUGUCAAAGAUGUUCCAUAUUGGAUGGGGUUUGCUGCACAGCCAGGAGAUUCAGGUUGUAUUUUGGGAAGAAUUGAUCCAUCUACGGGUUUGUAUAAGAAGGUUGAGUAUCCCCAACAUGACAGGGGUACUGAUUCAGUGCAUGCUGUAAACUGGAAGGAUUUAGUUACUGCUUUAGUCACAAAACCUGGCGAGUAUGACAGCCAGAUGGUUGAUUUGUAUGUGCUGGAUGAGAACACUGAUGAAUGGACAAAGAUGUAUAGUAUUGGACCACUCAGUUUCAAAGCACUGCGGACACCUCAGUGCUUUUGCACAGGUGAGAUUGUAGUGGAGACGUGGGCAGGGGGUUUUGUGCUUACUUCUGCUGUGACUUCAUAUUUCUGUGACCCUAAAACUAGUCAUUUGUCUCAUAACCAUGAAGUUCAAGUCUUAUAUCCAUGUUGGUAUGAGUCCUACUGUCACAUAGAGAGCCUAGUACGUGUUAAGGGUAUGGUACAGAUUGAGAAGGAGCACAAACACAAGAAGACUGACCCUAGGGUGAAAGACUGGAGUGAAUGGUUGUCUAAAGACUUGAAACGGCUUGGCAUCUUUAAUGCAGGGGAGUGAAGCAUUAGGAAGACUUUUGGGAGAUAUAAAUUCUUGUUUUUGUUGAGCCCAGUGAAUGCGCCAGAAGUGAAGCUACUCGAUGACUUAAGGAAUAUGUCAUGUAGGAUGCCUCUUUUGAAAGUCUUCAGUUAAUCUAUGUUAAAUUUGUUGUUUAGAAACUUAAUAUCGAAGGACAACCGUCAACUCCGUUGCUGCUUCUGUUGGACAGGUUAAAUCCUGCUUGUUGCUUUAUUUUGAUGAUGCUUAUGAAUUUAUGCUACUAUUAUUUGAACUUUGAACUAUAUUCUGUAUUUAAUUUACUUUGUUCCGGA